CCAUCUUCGCCGGCUCGGCACCCGCGGCCUCUGCGUCCUUCUGCGUGCGGCGGCCGAGCCGGCACCGUCCGGCGCAUGUGCUGCUCGCGUCUGUCGGGUCAGAGGUCACGGGGAAGGUCGUAGAAGAUGUACUGCCUCACUGCGUCCAUGCUGCUAAGGGCCAUGGCCCAGGCUGCGCGUACAGGACAUGCCAGUGGCCGGAGCCUCCAUAGCAGCGUGGUGGCAGCAACCUACAAGUAUGUGAACAUGCCGGAAGAGAAGACAGACAUGAAGUCUAUGACUGACCGUGCAGCCCGGACCCUGCUAUGGACAGAGCUCUUCCGAGGCCUGGGUAUGACCCUGAGCUACUUAUUCCGGGAGCCAGCCACUAUCAACUACCCGUUCGAGAAGGGCCCUCUGAGCCCGCGCUUCCGGGGGGAGCAUGCGCUGCGCCGCUACCCAUCAGGAGAGGAGCGCUGUAUUGCCUGUAAGCUCUGUGAGGCCGUCUGUCCCGCUCAGGCAAUCACCAUCGAGGCUGAGCCGAGAGCUGAUGGCAGCCGCCGGACCACCCGCUACGACAUUGACAUGACCAAGUGCAUUUACUGCGGCUUCUGCCAGGAGGCCUGCCCCGUGGAUGCCAUCGUGGAGGGCCCCAACUUUGAGUUCUCCACCGAGACACACGAGGAGCUGCUGUACAACAAGGAGAAGCUGCUCAACAACGGGGACAAGUGGGAGGCCGAGAUUGCUGCCAACAUCCAGGCUGACUACCUGUACCGGUGA